AGCCCAAAUUUCCUAAUAGGGUUAAGUGUGUUCCUCAGAAGUUCGGUCAGGUCCGUGGAGAGCUGCUGGUACUUUGGAGACAAAUUUUGUACCUUUCACAGCUGCUGUGAUGUGGCAUUUUGUUAUUCUUCUCUCUUCCACUUGUGCUUCAUCUCCAUCGACAGAUACAUUGCUAUUAUGGACCCUCUGGUCUAUCCUACCAAGUUCACGGUGCGUGUGUCAGGAAUUUGCAUCAGCAUCUCCUGGAUCCUGCCCCUGGUGUACAGCGGUGCUGUGUUCUGCACAGGUGCCAGUGACGACGGGAUGGAAGAAUUAGUAAGUGCCCUCAACUGUGUAGGAGGAUGUCAGAUUGUUGUGAAUCAAGACUGGGUUUUGAUAGAUUUUCUGUUGUUCUUCAUUCCUACUUUUGUUAUGAUAAUUCUUUACAGUAAGAUUUUUCUUGUAGCUAAACAACAAGCUAUAAAAAUGGAAAGUACUAGUAGCAAAGCAGAAUCAUCCUCCCAGAGUUACAAAGCCAGAGUGGCCAAGAGAGAGAGAAAAGCUGCUAAAACCCUGGGGGUCACAGUGAUAGCAUUUAUGAUUUCGUGGUUACCGUAUACAAUUGAUACAUUAAUUGAUGCUUUUAUGGGCUUCAUAACCCCUGCUUAUAUCUAUGAAAUUUGCUGCUGGAGCACUUAUUAUAACUCAGCCAUGAAUCCUUUGAUUUAUGCCUUAUUUUAUCCUUGGUUUAGAAAAGCCAUAAAACUUAUUUUAAGUGGGGAAGUUUUAAAGGAUAGUUCAUCAACCAUUAGUUUAUUUUCAGAAUAA